GCAACCGCCGGCGCGGUCCCACGCCAAUAGACGGUGGCGAUGGUGGGAGGAAGGCGGGUGUUUCCGUGCACGUUCGGGGAGCGCCGGAAGCGGCGAGAGGAGGCGCGGCGGCCGCCCGGGGAGCUGCCGGGGGAGCUGCAGCAGGAGUGAGCGAGGCAGGCAGAAAAACUUUGUACUGAGAGAACAAAUGAAUCUGAAUACAGUGUAGUAAACUCGAGGUUUGAUCUCUUGAAUCCUUGCUAAUGGAAUCGUCUCAUAUUGAUCCUGAGAGGUAAUUGAAUGGGUCUUCAGAAGCAGAAUUGCUAAAACUGACAGAAAAUGGCGUAUCGAAGAGAUGAAAUGUGGUCUGAAGGGCGAUAUGACUAUGAGAGAGUUCCAAGAGAACGUGUCCCUCCAAGGAUUCAUCCUGAUGAUGAUUACCAUAGAGUAGUAAACGUUGCACCCAAGAAACCACCCCUGCUGGAAAGACCUGGGGAUGGGAAUUACAGUCGAUAUGAUGAUUACAGUCACACCGACUACAGAGGCUAUGAAGAGGGUCGCAGUUUUGCACAUGACCGAAGAAGUGGCCCUCAACACCGAGGUGAUGAAUCAGGAUACAGAUGGCCAAGGGAUGAUCAUCCUGGAAGCCGGCAUCCAGAAUACAGGGACGCCAGAGAUGGCUUCCGAAGAAAAAGCUUCUAUCCUUCUCAUUAUAUGAGAGAGCGAUCCCCUCAUAAGAGGGACUCUCCUUUCUUCAGGGAAUCGCCGGGGAGCCGAAGGGAUUCUCCGCACAGCAGAUCUGGCUCCAGUGUCAGCAGCAGGAGCUACUCUCCUGAAAGAAGCAAAGCCUAUCCUUUCCACCAGUCCCAGCAUAGCAGAAGUAUGUCAUCUUUACAUAAAAGAAAUAUUUCUUCUCAGCAAGGUAAAGAGAGGACAUCAGUUCAAUCCCUGAAAACAUCGAGAGAUGCAUCACCUUCAGGCUCCACAGCAGUAUCCUCGUCAAAGGCCUUGAAUAAGAGCCACAGACUAUCGGAAAAGGAACUUGCGGAAGCUGCAAGCAAGUGGGCAGCUGAAAAGUCAGAGAAGGCGGAUGAAAACAAUUUACCUGAAAUAACUGAGUAUGAUGCUGGAUCUUCAGCUCCAUUGUACAUUGAACAAACAGAGGAAACAGAAACAAAUAUAGCAGAUCCUACGGAAUUAUAUGAAGAUGGCCAGCUGCUUGGCCGCUCAAAAGCAAUUGCAACUAAGACAAAGGAGAUUGAACAGGUCUACAGACAAGACUGUGAAACCUUUGGCAUGGUAGUGAAGAUGCUAAUUGACAAAGAUCCAUCGUUAGAGAAGUCCAUCCAGUUUGCCCUGAGGCAGAAUUUACAUGAAAUAGGUGAGCGAUGCAUUGAAGAACUCAAACAUUUCAUUGCUCAGUACGAUGCUGCCAAUCAAGAUCUAUCAGAAUCCUUCAAAGAGGGCCCAUACUAAGGACAAAAAAUUGCUUUUCGCUCCUCUGCAUUGAGUAUGCCAUAAUACAUAAAUCUGCUUUUUGUGGGGAAAGAGGAGAUCUUGUUGGAGAUUUGAACCCAAGGCCUGCGCUCCUUUGUAGCAGCUCAGAUGGCUACACCUUGUUCAUGGUGGUCUCUGCAGUUGUAUUCUUCAUACCUGUACUUCUUGACAUAUAUUCCUUCAAAAGGACGUUCUUUUAAAAAAUGCUGUAAAGUGACUAACUAUUUUUGAAACCUUUACACAGUUACCUAGGAAAAAACGUUCAGUCUGAUGUAUGUACACUUACGUUUUGAUGUUUAUAAGUGUAACUUCAAACACUGUGUUUUUUAUUAAAAUAACAAGCAGCAGCUCUUCAUUCCUCAACUUAUGCAGAAAUAUGUCUUGUUUUCAUAUAUGCUAUAGGAAGGGAAGACUUGCAAGAUUGUUUGCAGCUAUGAUUUAAAUUAUUUAUUAUAGAUUAAUUUUAGACUUCAGAUUCAUUCUGUAAAAUUACCCUGGGGGCUGCCUCUAGCCUCUGACCGCCUGAACGGCUCUUAACUAUUUGAUACAAGAAGUGCUGUAUUUUUACUCUAAUUGCAAGUUCUGCAAAUGCCUUUUAAAUUUUGAUGUUUUCAAAAUAUCACAAGUCAUUAAGCAGUAUUAUGUAGGAUUAACUCAAUUUUUUGUUAAUAUUUGCAAGUAAACGUUUCCUUUAUUACGUCUUUUUACUAUACCUUACAGAGUGCAACUGCAGGCAGCCACUGAGAAGGGAAAGGUGUCUUGCCUACCCUCUCCCUCUCCCUCCUUAUGCCUUCUCACCGCUUUUCAUCCAUCAGUUUUAACAAUUAGGAGACUGUGUGUAAUCUUUAUUUCUGACAUCAAGAAGGAACAGGAAUUUGGGGUGGCAAGGUGGAGCAAGGAAAGCGAGCAGGACUGUCUCCUUAGUAACCGCAGAUUGCUUUGGAUUAGGUGUAAUGUGAAGUUGAACCCUAAGGCCCCAAAUUCAUAAUCAUUUCAAACUUGGGUGAUUCUGGGUAAUGCCUGGAACCAAUUUGGACCAGGCAGAGUGACUUGUAGUUGGGGAACAGAGAUUGAGGAGAGUCAAGAAGCUGCCAGUGCUACAUGAUUACAUUUCAGAGAUGAAAAAUAUUUAGGACUCCUUGGUGGUAUCCGGACUGUUGGAUUGUGUACAGCUUUACAUUUAAUCAGGUUUUAUUAAUGCUUUUAUUAAUGUUUUAGGAAAGGGAUAUUUUGACUCAUAAUCACAAAGAGUUAAGUAUAAGCUCAAUUGUUUUGUAUAUAUUUGUAUUUAGAAACGUGAAACUCUGUACAAGGACUAAUAACUAAAGCUCACCAUUUCCAAAGUCCCCACAGUAUUUUUAAAUGAGAAAGUCAGUGACUUCAGCCCCUUACCAAGGUAACUUCUCAGAUUUUGUCAAAUUGGUGUGCAGAAAAGUAAAUGAAAUAGCACUGAUUUUGCGUGUACAAGAUACUGUAUAUAUCACAGCAUCUUACACAUGCAAAUCUUGAUAUGGUACAUUAAAUAUGUAUUACAUUGGAUUCCUGAGAUGCCUGAUUAGUUUUAAUGUCAGUAGGGUGUGGUUUUGCAGUUGGCUUUUGUUGAUUUCUAAGACUUCACCUUACUCAAAGGAGAUGACCUGCAACUUACCUUGUUGGCAGCUGGAUUGUGUGGGCUGCGCAGUGGGUGGGAAUCAGCUCAUGGAUCCUAGAGGAUGCUAAUUUGGGGAGGGAGAGAGAGGAAGAGAGGCAACCUGCUGUGUUGUGGCACAGUAGCUAGACCUGACCCACCUCUUCUGGCAACAGCCUGGUUCACUGAGAUCAGUCAUGAAACCACAGGGCAGAAGCGUAACUACAGCGCUUCACCACUUGCUUACAGGACCGAGAGCAUUUGUUACAUCAGAGUUUCUGCUUUGGGUUAGCAAUGCUACCAAAAAAGAAUACUGAAAUAAUGUUUAAUAUAUUUUUUAUUAAAAAUGUCCAUUACUACUGUACAGUUUGUUAGGAAUUUCCUUUGUUAGAAGCCUGAUUAAAUUUAAUAUGAUAUAAGUA